CAGAAAAACCCUUUUCCUGUUUCGUUUUACUUGGGAGGUUCCCUCAUAGUCAUAGGCAGGAGGGUUUUUCUUUGGUGUCAUUAGAAUGAAAUUUUUUUCUCUUUUUGGCUGCAUUAUGGAAUUGAAAUGCAGGAAGCCGGUGAGGUAAAAAGGUCAAAAACAACGUGGUAUGGUUAGCGAAGAAGUCCGUGGCAUCAAGAAGUCGAUUUCCUUUAAAUUAGCAAAGAUGUUUGAGAUCCCAGGAAGGCAAGCUCAUAGUUUAAUCCUUGAUAGCGGACAUGGCAGUGAGAGCCCCAUUGCGGAUGCAGAUAAGUUGGUGUUUAGGAGUCAAGGUGGCAAAGCUGCUUCAGAUGCUCAACACGUAGGUAGUGUUUAUAAUCGGUCUACGGAUGCUGGCCCUGUUUCCAGAUUAUGCAGAGAGGGCGGAAAGUUAGGAGCUCCCAAUUCAAAGGAAUCUAGACAGCCUUCAGAUUUGGAAUUGAUGAAGGAAAGAUUCUCAAAGCUUCUUUUGGGAGAGGACAUGUCGGGGGGUGGAAAGGGUGUCUCAUCAGCUCUGGCUUUGUCAAAUGCCAUUACAAAUCUUGCUGCUUCUGUUUUUGGGGAACAGAGGAAAUUAGAACCCAUGGCUUCAGAGCGGAAAUUGAGGUGGAAAAAAGAAAUCGAUUGGCUUCUAUCUGUGACGGAUAACAUUGUUGAAUUCGUCCCCUCUCAACAAGUAGCAAAGGAUGGAAAGAACAUGGAGAUAAUGGUCACUCAACAAAGAAAAGAUCUGCUCAUGAAUAUCCCAGCAUUGCGCAAGCUUGAUGCGAUGCUCAUUGACUGCUUGGAUAAUUUCAAAGACGACAAUGAAUUUUGGUACGUCUCAAGCGACGCCGAUGAUUCUGAGAAAGGUGUCCAGAGGGAUGAUAAAUGGUGGCUGCCAACAGUCAAGGUUCCUCCUAGUGGCUUAUCAGAUGCAUCGCGCAAAUGGCUGCAAUAUCAAAAGGAUUGUGUCAACCAAGUGCUCAAAGCAUCCAUGGCCAUUAAUGCUCAGGUCCUAUCAGAGAUGGAGAUCCCAGACAACUACAUUGAAUCUCUCCCCAAGAAUGGUAGAGCAAGCCUUGGGGACUCAACCUAUAAGAGCAUCACUUUCGAGUUUUUCGAUCCCGAACAGUUCCUUUCAACCAUGGACUUGUCAUCAGAGCAUAAAGUUCUUGACCUAAAGAACAGAAUAGAGGCAUCCAUCAUCAUUUGGAAAAGGAAGAUGCAUCAUAAAGACGGGAAGUCUUCCUGGGGUUCAGCAGUGAGCUUGGAGAAGAGGGAGCUCUUUGAAGAAAGAGCAGAAACAAUCUUACUGCUACUAAAACAGAGAUUCCCUGGACUCCCUCAAUCCUCUCUUGACAUCUGCAAAAUCCAAUAUAACAGAGAUGUGGGGUAUGCAAUUCUGGAGAGCUAUUCAAGGGUGCUUGAAAGCUUGGCCAACACUGUCAUGUCUCGCAUUGAAGAUGUGCUGUAUGCCGAUAGUAUUGCUCAAGAUCCAUCACUAGCAAUAGCUAAAUGGAAGCCAUCGCCAGAUUCCUCGCCAUCACCACAACAAAGUGGUGUCUCAAGUCCCGGAGAAGAGACGGAGAAGUUGAGUUCUGCUGCAGAGACACCCACUUCAAUGACGCUGUCCGAUUUCAUGGGCUGGAACUUGGAGCAGGCAGAGUCAGUCAAGAACCUCCCCAGUGGUAAUUUAGAGGGCUACUCUAAGGACGAAAUUGACAAGCCUACGAGCAAACCAGCUAACAUUAACACAAGCAAAAAGUUCUCCUACAUUGAUAAAGUUGAGUUGAGCUGCUUGAGAAGUCCAACUGCUCGCCAUUAACAGCAGCGCUAGAAUUGCCAUCCUUAAAAGAAGGAGGGGAAACAAUAGAAAGAUAGCUCGCAGGGCAGGGGAUCAGUUGGACAAGAUGCCGCAAUAAUAAUCUAGAAUAUGAAGCUAAUCUAUGACGUGUAAAUACUCAAGACCCUUCAAGGAGUUGAUCGAGUUAGCAUACCUUUGAUUGCUCUUCCUUCCUCCCAUGGACAGGGAAGUACAAGUUAUCCAUUAUAUUAAGUUUGGUCCAGUUGAAUAUU